AGCACAUACAAACCCAAAAAAACUCCCGAUUGCUUUUUUCCCCUUCGAGUUUCCUUCUCCGUGUCGAUCUUCUUCUUCUUCUUCCGAUUCAUCACACAUUGCAUCGUCUCUCACUCGAUCCGCCGUGAAUUCAGGGAAAUUCAUUUUGGAAACAUGCCAGGUCAAAAGAUUGAAACGGGUCAUGAGGACACUGUCCACGAUGUGCAAAUGGAUUACUAUGGAAAGCGAAUUGCAACUGCCUCAUCUGACUGCACCAUCAAGAUAACAGGUGUCAACAACAAUGGUGGAUCGCAGCCACUAGCUACAUUAACUGGCCACCGUGGUCCUGUCUGGGAGGUCGCAUGGGCUCACCCAAAGUUUGGAUCAAUCCUAGCUUCAUGCUCGUAUGAUGGUCAAGUCAUACUCUGGAAAGAAGGCAACCAAAACCAAUGGACCCAGGCGCAUGUUUUCACAGACCACAAAUCUUCAGUCAACUCCAUUGCGUGGGCUCCUCAUGAUCUUGGACUAUCCUUGGCUUGUGGGUCAUCCGAUGGAAACAUUUCUGUUUUCACAGGCCGUCCUGAUGGUGGCUGGGAAACAACAAGGAUCGACCAAGCGCAUCCGGUUGGAGUUACUUCAGUCACCUGGGCACCAGCCACUGCGCCUGGUGCUCUUGUGAGCUCUGGUCUGCAAGAUCCGGUUUACAAGCUAGCUUCUGGUGGGUGUGACAACACCGUGAAAGUGUGGAAGCUUUCUAACGGUUCGUGGAAAAUGGAUUGUUUUCCGGCUCUUCAAAAGCACACUGAUUGGGUCCGUGAUGUGGCUUGGGCACCAAACUUGGGUCUCCCUAAGUCCACUAUAGCUAGUGGCUCCCAAGAUGGUAAAGUGAUCAUAUGGACAAUGGGAAAAGAAGGUGAGCAAUGGGAAGGUACGGUUCUGAAGGACUUUAUGACUCCGGUGUGGCGGGUCUCAUGGUCGUUGACUGGUAACUUGUUGGCUGUGUCCGAUGGAAACAACAACGUGACCGUAUGGAAAGAGUCGGUUGAUGGAGAGUGGGAACAAGUUACUGUUGUGGAGCCGUAGGUUUUUGAUGCUUUGCUAUCACUUCUCUUCCUUCAAAGAACUGAAUUAAACACUUUCUUUUUCUUUUAUCUUUUCUUUAGUCCGGUUUGGUGAUCUUUUGAGGGAAUGUUGAUGUGCUUUACUUAAAACUGAUUCGAAACAUGUGGACCUUUCCUUUUCUUUUCUUAGAGACCCUUUUUAAAUUUUAAAAACCGAGAUUUCCAUGAUAUAUAGUUUCUCAUAGUCUCUUUUAUGA